GCAACCCUUCUGUGAUUCUUUCCUGCCGCUGCAGCUCACGGCUGCUCAAACACUGGCGAGCUUUCUCCCCUGCGCGUUUCACCAAGAAUGCCAGCCGCUGGCAUGUUUCUCUAUCAAGGUUUUGUUUAAAGUCUGCCGACUGAAGCUGAAUUCUCUUUAGGUGCUCGCUCGGUUAUCAAGGAGACCGUAUAGAUAUUUCACAGUGUGAGUAAAGUCAACAUCUGAGUCUUCUGCGCUCCGCGGGCACGAGACUAUCAACCGUCCGCAGUCUCCACAUUUCAGAUCUGCUCAGUUAGAAUGGGCACUCUUGUAUUCCGUGAAUGGACCCCGAAAUAGACAAAUCCGCUCGAUUUAUGCCGCAGCGGGUAUUCUGUUUGUUUUGACGCGGCUUUUUUCCAGUUCAUUGACUGCUUAUCCUCGCUGGGACUGAGACUUUAAACUUGUCUUUGGGCUGCCAGGUGGUCAGGCAAGAAUGAUGGAUAAAGACGCACUGGUUGUACUGUUUAUUUUCUUAAACGUGGUUCUUAUCCAUACGGAUGCGUUCAGAGGAGAGACCGGAGAGAGACGCGCGAGAUCCGAUAGAUUCUGUCGCAUCUUACAGACACAGACGCGGGGCGCGCGGAGAGGACAUAACGAGUUUCGCCUCAGAGUUGAAGGAGACCCAGAAACUUACCAACCUGGGAGCACUUACCGAGUGAGUUUGUAUGCCUCCAGCCCAUCUUACUUCCGUGGCUUCACCCUCAUCGCUCUGAAGGAAGGCAGGGAGGGCGUCACUCCUGACGAUUAUGCCGGUACUUUCAAGAUUAUCGAUGAAAGUGACACACAGUUCAUGACCAGCUGUCCCCCGGCCGUCACAGAGAGCAUUCCCAGAAGACGCACACGGAUCCAGGUGUUCUGGACAGCGCCACCUUCUGGUACUGGGUGUGUCACUCUCAAGGCCAGUGUUGUGCAAAGAAGAAUCAUUUUCUUUCAAGAUGAAGGCUCCCUUACCAAGAGGAUGUGCGAGAAAGAUCCAGUUGCAACUACUGAAAAACCCAUUCAGGAGUGCUGUGCAUGUGGAACUGCCAAGUACAGAGUCACUUUCUAUGGAAACUGGUCUGAGAAGGUGCAUCCAAAGGACUAUCCAAGACGUGCUAAUCAUUGGUCGGCUCUCAUUGGUGCAUCUCACUCGAGGAGCUACGUGUUAUGGGAGUAUGGAGGUUUCGCCAGUGAAGGCCUUAAACAGGUAGCUGAGUAUGGAUCACCUGUCAAAAUGGAGGAAGAGAUUCGACAAAAGGGUGAUGAUGUUAUGACAGUUAUCAAAACCAAAGCCCAGUGGCCUGCCUGGCAGCCUCUUAACGUGCGGGCUGCCCCCUCAGCAGAGUUCUCAGUGGAUCGAGCCCGUCAUCUCAUGUCAUUCCUGACCAUGCUGGGCCCCAGCCCUGACUGGAACGUGGGUCUGUCUGGGGAGGACCUCUGCACCAGAGACUGUGGCUGGGUCCAGAAACUGGCGAAGGACCUGGUGCCAUGGGACGCUGGUACUGACAGUGGGGUAACUUAUGAGUCUCCCAAUAAACCCAGUAAUCCCCAGGAGCGGAUUCGGCCCCUCACCAGUUUGGAUCACCCACAGAGCCCCUUUUACGACCCAUCAGGUGGUCCCAUCUCGCCUUUGGCCCGAGUGGUCGUGGAGAGGAUUGCUAGAAAGGGAGAGCAGUGUAAUACCGUUCCAGACACCAUAGACGAUAUCAUCGCUGAUAUUGCUCAGGAGGAGAAGGAGGAAGGAGACAACACUCCAGAGACCUGCAUCUACUCAAACUGGUCUCCAUGGUCUGCUUGCAGCUCCUCAACCUGCGAUAAGGGCCGGAGGAUGAGGCAGAGGAUGCUAAAAGCGCAGUUGGACCCCAACAUGCCCUGCCUGCACACACAGGACUUUGAGCCCUGCAUGGGACCUGGCUGCAGCGAGGAGGAGGCGUCCACGUGUAUGAUGUCAGAGUGGAUUAGCUGGUCUCCAUGCAGUGCCUCAUGUGGUAUGGGCAUGAGGUCGAGAGAGAGAUAUGUCAAACAGUUCCCAGAGGAUGGCUCGAGCUGUACACUGCCAACAGAGGAGACGGAGAAGUGUGUGGUCAAUGAGGAGUGCUCAGCCAGUAGCUGUGUGGUGACCGAGUGGGGUGAUUGGGAGCCAUGCAGUGUGAGCUGUGGAGUGGGGAUGAGGAGAAGAGAGCGUAUGAUGAAGAUGGAAGCCUCAGAUGGCUUGCCCUGCAGAGCACAGCUGGCUGAGGCAGAGAAAUGCAUGAUGCCUGAGUGCAAUGCAGUGGUGUGUAUGCUGUCUCCAUGGUCAGACUGGGGAGAGUGCAGUGUGUCUUGUGGUAUCGGUAUGCGUUCCCGUCAACGCAUGCUGAAGACACCUGUAGAUCCAAGCCUGUGCACAGAUGAUCUCGAGCAGGUUGAAAAGUGCAUGCUUCCCGAGUGCUCUACAGACUGCAUGCUGUCGGAGUGGUCAGCGUGGUCUGAGUGUAAUAAGUCUUGCGGGAAGGGUCACAUGAUUCGCUCACGAAUGGUCAAGCUAGAGCCACAGUUUGGAGGCAUGCCCUGCCCGGAGACUGUCCAGAGGAAGAAAUGCAAGAUCCGCAAGUGCUCCAGAGGCUCCCGUGCCAGUAACAAGAGAAAGAGGCAGGAGGCUUCAGACAGGAGGAGAGGGAAACAGAGCAGAGAGUCUGUGCCAGAGGAGAGCUCAGCCUGUCCUCUACGCCCAUGGUCCAGCUGGACGGAAUGUACCAAGUCGUGUGGUGGGGGAAUCCAGGAGCGUGUGUUGAUCGUGAAGAAGAGAGGCAAAGGAUCACAGCCCAACAACUGCAAAAACAAGAGGGAGAUCCGUGCUUGCAAUAUGCACCUGUGUUAAAAGUGGCUUUGUAUCACUGUAAUACACACACUCCCAAACAUACACACACACACUUCAAACUUAAAGAGGCUGAAUCGGGCAGAACCGAUGUAGCGGGGCUGACGAGGAUGUGUGUUCCACAGUUACAUCUUGUAGGAAUUUAGAGUAACACACACAUGGACCAGGCCUGUUAUCUGUGAUUAGUUUUAGUUGCCUUCUUAGCUGGCAUAUAUACUGUAUUAAUGUAUAACCAACACUUUUCUGUAACAACUUUACAAUCAUACACUAAACAAUAAUUACAUUUUCCUUUCAUUCAUUAUAUUAGCGCAGCAACCCGUCUUUGGGUAUAGUGAGGUCAGAGGUCAUGCAAUAUAUGUAUAAAGGUAGCAUUUGCUGUAAACAAAACAUGGUUUUCUGCAACGAAAAAGGCCUUUUGGCCAAUGCCAGAUUGUUUUUAAAGGUAAACAGGGUAUGAUUUAUGAUUUGCAAACCCACAAAGUUUACCCCCCGCAUUUCACUUUUAUUCCUGCCUUUAAUCCGAGGUAAAAUACAGCCACAUCGCACCACCUCUAUCGAGCGAAAUCAAGGCGGGUCAGUCGAUACACAGCUGAUUCAGACAGCAAGCGUUUGUGAGGACAGGGUGAUUUUCCAUGGUUCUUGAGUGAAAAUCUAGAUGAAUAAAAGCAAAAUCAGGCUUAGAGUGUGUAAUAUGUUGGCCUGUGAAUAGUUUAACAUUAUACUCCUGAACUUAAAAGCACAGGUAAUAAUCAUUGAACUUUAUAUAUACAGUUGCAAUCGAAAUUAUUCAACCCCCCCCCCACCCCCAAGACAGUAAGGAUUUACAAAGGUAAGCUUUUCUGAUGUCCCAGAAUUUUUAAACUACAUCUAUAUCAGUUGAGUGACACAUUCAAAGUCAUAGUGUGAAUAUAUAACCUAAUAUUUCUAAAUAGCAGGAUUUUUUUUUUUUUUAAAUACAGCCAUGUCAUAAUUAUUCAACCCCUAUUGCAUGUAGCUGUUUCUUAAAUAUGUAAGACUACACAAGUAAUUGUUUUAAAGCAAAAUUAAGUCAUCAAUCUGCAAUGGCACUUAUUUAAGUUUUAAAAUGUAAGUUUAGCGUUGUAAGCAAAAAAUGUAUUUCUACGCAAAAAAUGCAAUUAAAAAUAAGCUGUCUCAAAAGCUAAUAGAGGAGAUUAUUUCAUUACACAAGAAAGGUCAUGGCUAACAGUAAAUUUCCAAGGCACUUCAAUAUCCAAUAGACAAAGUUGGCAGCACCAUUCAUACAUUUUUUAAAUAUGGUACAACAGCAACCUUAUUGGGGUGUGGAAGAAAGCAAAACUUCACCAAGGGAAAUGUUGACUUGAAUAUUCAAGAAGUAAUUAGGAAAGACCUGUGGAGUCCUGGAAGAAGGUUUUAUAGACAUAUGACAUUAAACUGAAAAGGAGUUUUGGACCCAUGGGUCAACAGUACGUCUGGAGUAAGAUGACAAGGUGAUGACAAGAACUACACCAUCCCCACAGUCAAGCAUGGAGGUGGGUCAGUUCUGUAAUGGGGGUGUUUUGCAGCUGCAGGAAACGGCAAUCCUGACUAUGUGACUGACACCAUGGAUUCUUUCAAGUAUCAGGCCAUUUUGGCAUGAAAAAUGUGAUGCCUUCAGUGUGUAAAUUGAAGCUCGGUGAUCACUGGAAUUUCCAGCAAGACAAUAACACCAAGGAUACAUCCAAGUUGUCCAAAAUCUGGUUCAGGGAUAGGUCAUAGAACGUCCUUAAAUGGCCCUUUCAGUCCAUCAUUAAAAUCCCAUUGCAAACCUUUGUUGGGAUUUCAAGGAAGCAGUGGCAGCACAGAAACCAAAGAAUGUCAAUGAGCUGGAAGCUUUUGCUCGUGAGAAAUGUGUAAAAAUUCUAAUAGAGAGGUGUCCAAAGCCUGAGAACACUUACCUGAAACAUUUAUUUGCUGUUAUUAAGGAUAAAGGAUGCUCCACAAAUGAUUGAGGUUGAAUAUUUGUGACAUGACAUUUGUGGAGAGAAUUAGUUACUUUUUAUUUUAAAAUUUGGGUAAACUGAACUCUUUGUUCUCAAAAUCACACAAAUGUGUAUUAAAAACUUACUUUGACUGUUUACUGAGGUUUUAGUUGAUGUGUUUUAAUUCACAUCACUCAGAAUGUAUUGCUGGUCAGAGAGGUUGAAUAAUUUUGAUUGCAACUGUGUGUGUGUAUAUAUAUACAGGUGCAUCUCAAUGAAUUAGAAUGUCGUGGAAAAGUUCAUUUAUUUCAGUAAUUCAACUCAAAUUGUGAAACUCGUGUAUUAAAUAAAUUCAAUGCACACAGACUGAAGCAGUUUAAGUCUUUGGUUCUUUUAAUUGUGAUGAUUUUGGCUCACAUUUAACAAAAACCCACCAAUUCACUAUCUCAAAAAAUUACAAUACAUCAUAAGACCAAUAAAAAAAACAUUUUUAGUGAAUUGUUGGCCUUCUGGAAAGUAUGUUCAUUUACUGUAUAUGUACUCAAUACUUGGUAGGGGCUCCUUUUGCUUUAAUUACUGCCUCAAUUCGGCAUGGCAUGGAGGUGAUCAGUUUGUGGCACUGCUGAGGUGGUAUGGAAGCCCAGGUUUCUUUGACAGUGGCCUUCAGCUCAUCUGCAUUUUUUGGUCUCUUGUUUCUCAUUUUCCUCUUGACAAUACCCCAUAGAUUCUCUAUGGGGUUCAGGUCUGGUGAGUUUGCUGGCCAGUCAAGCACACCAACACCAUGGUCAUUUAACCAACUUUUGGUGUUUUUGGCAGUGUUGGCAGGUGCCAAAUCCUGCUGGAAAAUGAAAUCAGCAUCUUUAAAAAGCUGGUCAGCAGAAGGAAGCAUGAAGUGCUCUAAAAUUUCUUGGUAAACGGGUGCAGUGACUUUGGUUUUCAAAAAACACAAUGGACCAACACCAGCAGAUGACAUUGCACCCCAAAUCAUCACAGACUGUGGAAACUUAACACUGGACUUCAAGCAACUUGGGCUAUGAGCUUCUCCACCCUUCCUCCAGACUCUAGGACCUUGGUUUCCAAAUGAAAUACAAAACUUGCUCUCAUCUGAAAAGAGGACUUUGGAACACUGGGCAACAGUCCAGUUCUUCUUCUCCUUAGCCCAGGUAAGACACCUCUGACGUUGUCUGUGGUUCAGGAGUGGCUUAACAAGAGGAAUACGACAACUGUAGCCAAAUUCCUUGACAUGUCUGUGUGUGGUGGCUCUUGAUGCCUUGACCCCAGCCUCAGUCCAUUCCUUGUGAAGUUCACCCAAAUUCUUGAAUCAAUUUUGCUUGACAAUCAUAAGGCUGUGGUUCUCUCGGUUGGUUGUUCAUCUUUUUAUUCCACACCCUGGAUACAGCACUCUGUGAACAGCCAGCUUCUUUGGCAAUGAAUGUUUGUGGCAUACCCUCCUUGUGAAGGGUGUCAAUGAUUGUCUUCUGGACAACUGUCAGAUCAGCAGUCUUCCCCAUGAUUGUGUAGCCUAGUGAACCAAACUGAGAGACCAUUUUGAAGGCUCAGGAAACCUUUGCAGGUGUUUUGAGUUGAUUAGCUGAUUGGCAUGUCACCAUAUUCUAAUUUUUUGAGAUAGUGAAUUGGUGGGUUUUUGUUAAAUGUGAGCCAAAAUCAUCACAAUUAAAAGAACCAAAGACUUA